CACAAAUUAUAUUUCGAUUGAAGUUCAACGAUGUAUUCCUGUAACUAAGCGAUGAACUUGGUGAAAAUUUUACUUGCCAGCUGCUUCGUUUUCAUGCUCGUCGAUGAAGCUGUCUCAUUAAAGGAAGCGGUGAUGCACCGAGAUCGUAUAAGCACCGGAGCAGCCCCAUUAGCUGUGAUAAAAAAAGACGACUCGUCUCUGCAUCUUGCGAUACCCCACGCAUACCAAUCAAUCUCACAUCUUAUCAGUUAUAAUUACGAUGAUUCUGAAGAAAAAAUGAUGAUUGCGUGCCCUGCAUAUGGAGAAGAACAAUUACACGUGGGAAAAAAUACGAAACCUGGAGUUUUGAUGACUCAAAAAAGUACUGUACUUUUUCUGAACGAGUACACAGAGCAGGACAUAUUCUGCAGAACGCUAGAUUUCGUACCCUCGAUUAAUAAAGUUACAGAAAAUAGUGACGACCACGUUAAACACUGCAACCAAUUGGACGCAGAUAUGUAUGAAGUUGGAUACCCAGUAUCAAACGACGAAGAGGGAACGGAUAUUCAGUUUUUAUCCACGUAUAAAGUAUGCUAUUCCAACAUCGAAGGUAAACAAGCUACACUAUAUUCAAUUCACCGUAUCCAAUCGCCAGAUCUGCUGUUAAUGAGUAUAAUAUAUGAACUUCCUGAUCCUCAACCAAUAACAUCUGUUUAUGAAUCGGUUUUGGAUUCCGGUUUAAGCACUAAAGAGUCCUUUAAAGGCAGGGAUUACUAUAAACAUCAAUUUGUCAGAAUUGACGAUAUGCCAAACAGACCAUGGAAACAGACAACUAAGCUUCUUUUCAAUUAUACUGCCAUCACUAAAAAUAGAGAUUUAUACAAGGGCUUGAUCAGAUCUGAUUGGUAUAUCAAACUAUACAGUCAUAAAAAAAACAAACCAUUGAAUUUGCACUCAGGUACGCACCAAAAAGUUGUAAAAGAUGCUCCACCUGUUGAUUCAUUUUGGAGGGUUAUUUUGGAUGAUGACGGUAACGCCGUUAUUUUAGUAACCCAGCAUACUCGAAAAGUAUGCGGCGAUGAUUAUUUAUGCGCAAAAAAUCUCCGAGUAAAAACAUACGAGGAAGGAGGCUGCAUAUAUACCUGUUCCCUGGACGCGAAUGAUGAUCUGCUCGAAGUGCUGGGUUUGCCUCCGUUGAAGAUUUCCGGAGGCAUGGAUUUCACACUUGAAACAGACAAAACUAAGAAAGUGACUACAGGUGGACCUGAGACUUCGGUUUCAGAACCCUCUCAAAUCAUAGGAAUUAUCGAAUUCUUGGACAAUGAAAGUUUCAAGGAUGCCCUGUUAAACAUUGAUAAGAAUUUCUUCAAAAGUGCGGGUUUUCGACAGGAAUUACCCUGGCAAUGAAAGUCAUGAUACUGGUGAUCAAGACUUUAAAGUACCUAUACCUACGCUAUACCUAUAAAUUCGAUGUUAAUAUUUUUAGUGUAUUUAUGUAUUCAGUAAGCUGUUAGAUUUACUUUUCAUUUUAGUUUUCGUUUUCAAUCAGUAUUAGAAUAAAUCUGUAUCAUAUUACAAGCGAUUGUU